AAACCCUUGGCGCGGGUUUAAGACUUUCCUCCUCCUAGCCCUCUCCUCCAGCUCCAGUCCUCCGUUGUCAUUUUGAUUUGGACAUGGCGGUAUCGAUAUCGAGUUUAGGUGGUGUAUCUUGCAGAUCUUAUCUCCCUCUCCACACACCACUCUUCCGCUUCCGCAUUCGCAUUCGCAAGCUUCGCCUCACUUUGAUUGCGCUGGGACAGACGCUUCGUCAAACACAUUCCCCGCCCAAUGUCCACAUCAAUUAUUCCUCUCUCCGAACGCCUUUUACUGAAUCCGCUGAUAAUGAUUCUAAGCUGCCCAACUGGAAGAGGUUUUCUUCCAACGAGCUUGGGAUUAGUAAUUUCAUGAUUCCCAGACCUACCAGAAAAGUUCUUAACGGGCUCAAGAAAAAAGGAUAUGAAGUUUACCUUGUAGGAGGUUGUGUCCGGGAUCUGAUCUUGAACAGAACGCCGAAGGAUUUUGACAUAAUCACUUCAGCUGAGCUUAAGGAGGUGUCAAGGACGUUCUCAUGGUGUGAAAUAGUUGGGAGGAGGUUUCCUAUAUGCCAUGUGCACAUCGAUGAUACCAUUGUAGAGGUGUCAAGUUUUAGCACAGCCAGUCGACCAAUUGAUAGACACUUGAACUGUGCUCUUGAAAAGCCUGAGAACUGUGAAGAGGAAGAUUAUGUCCGUUGGAAGAAUUGCUUGCAACGUGACUUUACCAUUAACGGGUUGAUGUUUGACCCAUACAACAGUAUAGUGUACGACUACUUGGGAGGAAUGGAGGAUAUAAGACGAGCUAAAGUACAAACCGUGGUUCCUGCCCAUUCUUCCUUCCAAGAGGAUUGUGCUCGAAUACUGCGAGCAAUCAGAGUUGCUGCUCGUUUAGGGUUCCACAUUUCAAAGGAUACUGCUCGGUCUAUUAAAAAAUUAUCCUGCUUGGUGUCUAGACUUAAGGGAAGGCUUCUAAUGGAGAUGAACUAUAUGUUGUCUUAUGGUUCUGCUGAGGCUUCUUUGAGAUUGUUAUGGAAAUAUGGAUUACUAGAAAUACUCCUACCAAUUCAGGCAGCAUACUUUAUCCAAUGUGGAUUUCGGAGGUCUGACAAGAGGUCGAAUAUGCUUUUGUCCCUAUUUUCAAGCUUGGAUAAACUUCUGGCACCUAAUAGGCCCUGUCACUGUAGUUUAUGGGUUGCAGUAUUAGCGUUCCACGCUGCCCUGUCUGACCAGCCUAGGAGUCCUUUAGUGGUUGCAGCAUUUAGCCUUGCAGUGCACAAUGGUGGCAAUAUGAUAGAAGCAAUCAGCAUAGCUAGGAACAUCAAUAGAGAACAUAAUGUGCAGUUUCAUGAAUUGUUAGAACCUGACGAUCUGGAUGUUCAAGCAUUGAUUGAUGAGGUUAUGGAUCUUACUACGUCUGUUAAAGAUGCACUUCUUAAGAUGACCGAUGAGAAUUCUGUGUCUCUGGCCCUGGAAAUGUAUCCUCAAGCACCAGCAUCAGAUCUGGUUUUUAUCCCGUUUACAGUGUACUUGAAGGUAUGCAAAGUUUUUGAGUGCGUUGUGCAUGGUGCGGAGAGAGGGUUUGCUCCAAAGCGAGGAAACAUUAAUUAUGAGUCUCUGGCUCUUGGAAACCUGCUAGAACUUCGGCAUGUCUUUGCAAGGAUUGUGUUUGACACUAUCUACCCUCUUAAUCUCAAUCAUACCCAAGUAUAAAUUUUUAAGAUAUGACGAAAGGGCCAGGUGUCAUUUGCACCAUUUAGGUGGGAGACCGAAUCUGUCAUCAAAUUGCUUGAAUUUACAGAGGGUUCCCAAAUAUCAAAAUCAGAGAGGAGAAUUAUGCAAUUGGCAACGGAAUGUAGCAGUUCCUACAAAAAGUGCUUCCUUGGUGUCAAAACCCUCAAUUUUACGGUCCUAACGAUGAUUAGAAUCAUUUCCAACUCUUGGAGCUACAAACAUUUGCAGUUGUUGGCAAUUAGUGGGGACAAAUCGCGUUCACUUGUUUGCAGGAGUAACAGGGGUAGCGCCGCCAGUUGUUGGCCUACAAGAUGAAACAAAUCAAAUUUAAUAAAGUAUUGAGAGGUUGAAUGGA